AUGUCUUUUUUUAAAAAAAUUAAUGCUGUAGCCACAGCUGAAGAUAAAGAAAUUAAAAAAUCUGAAGAGCUUGAGAGGGGACAACUAUACCCAAUCAAAGCAUUAAAAAUUGUUAAUGGGAAGUAUGGGGAGAUUCCUCUAGUGGAGUUCAAGGAUUUUGCAGUUUUUCUACCAAAGAGAAUGACUAAGGUGGUUGAGGAAAACCUGGAGGAGCUCAAUAACGGGAAAUUUGGUCUAGUAUAUCUAGACAAAUUUAAAAUGGAUGUAGAAAUAGGUCAUGUGAGUACUACAUCACUUAAUUUAAUUUCAAAUGCCUUUAAGUUAUUAAGUGCAAAUUUUUGUCCGCAUGCUAGUAAAGUUUGGUUAAAUUUAAUUAAAAAAAAUAUAAGACUCUCUCAAAAUUUAUUGAAAAAAUCAACAUCAAUAGGUACUAAAAAAAAAAUAAUAGCAAUAAUUGGUCAGUUAAAGCGAUAUCAAUUACUUAUAAAUAAUUUAUGUGUAAAACAUGUGGGGGGUGGUACAUUAAAGACUAAACGUAGUGAUAGAAUUAAAUGGUUAGAUUUAACAACAGCAUUUAAAAGUAUUAUUAUUAACAUUAAACAUUUAGACCCCCUUACUUUUUUAAAUGAUGCAUUUUAUUUAUUUCAAUCUAGGAUAAAAAAUAUUUUAAAAUCCAUACCACUAUUAAAAGUAAAUACAUCUUUUAGAGGUGAAUUUUUAAAAAUUGAGUUAAAUAAUGAAAUAAAGUAUUUUAGUACAAAAAAUAUUGUUAUAGAUGGCAGCGUAAAUUUAAAAAAUUGGUUUCAAGAUAAUGUUGUAGAUAAAAUUUUAAACAAACUUAGCGAAUUCUCCGAGAAAGACUCAGGGUGGGCAUUAAAAAAAGUAUUAAGUUUAGAAAUCAAUAUAAAUAAAUAUGAGGUUGGUAACGGUUCAUCCUUUAUUAGGCUACCUGAGGAAAUUGCUAAAAAACAUGCCUGUGUAAAUGUAAAAAAUUAUGAUGAUGAUGCUUGUUUCACUUGGGCUGUUACAUCAGCUUUACAUCAAGCAAAAACUAAUAAUGAUAGAACUUCAUCAUAUCCCCAUUACGAGGAUGUGUUAAAUUUUGCAAAUAUUAAAUUUCCAAUAUCAAUUCAAGAUAUUUCCAAAUUUGAAAAAUUAAAUUCCAUAUCCAUUAACGUUUACACUCUAGAGCUAAUCAAAACUGAUAAGACUUCUUUUUUAAAAACAGUUCCAUCAAGACUAACCAAAAACAAACUAGAUAAACAUAUAAAUUUAUUGUGUAUCCAAAAUAAAUAUUAUCCUAAUGAAAGAGAUUCUGUUGAUAAUGAUGAAGAUGAGGAUACCAUUAUUAAAAUUAAAUUAACAGAUCAUGAGGAAUAUUGUAAAAAAUUAAAUCAAUGUAAAAUAUCUUUUCCUAAAGAAAAAUCUAUUUGUUUUAAAAAUUUUAAAAAUAAAGAAUCAGCACCGUUUAUUCUGUACGCUGACGUGGAAUCUAUUCUUUUACCAAUUAGUGAUAAUAAUAAUUUAAAGUCCCAUAAAUAUCAAGAACAUAAAGCCUUCAGCGUUGGUUACUAUUUAAAAUGUAAAUAUGAUGAUAACUUAUCAUAUUUUAAAAGCUAUCGAGGGCUAGAUUGCAUGGAGUGGUUUGCAAAAGAAAUAGAAGACAUAUCUAAAUUUAUACAAUUUAAAAUGCUUAACAUAAUACCUUUAAAUACAAACGUGGAUUUAAAAUAUGCAACUAAACAGUGUCAUAUUUGUAAUAAAAAUUUUAUACAGGGUGAUGUAAUAGUUCGGGAUCAUUGCCAUUUUAGCGGAAAUUUUCGUGGAUUUGCUCAUCAAAUAUGUAAUUUAAAUUAUAAUAAAAAAUUUGUUGUACCAAUAGUUUUUCAUAAUUUUUCAGGCUAUGACAGUCAUUUUAUUAUUCAAGAUAUUGCUAAAUAUGGUAAAAUUACAUUAUUACCUAUAAAUAAGGAAAAAUACAUUUCUUUUACAUGGUUUGAUCAUAAAACAAAAAUUCAAUUUCGGUUUAUAGAUUCAUUUAGGUUUAUGGCUUCUUCUCUAGAUAAGUUAUCAUCAUAUCUAACGGAAUAUCCUAUUCUUAAUCGGGAAUUUGCGAAUUUAAGCGUCGAAAAAAUUAAAUUAUUAGAACGCAAAGGAGUAUUUCCAUAUGAUUUCAUUGAUUCUGAGGAAAAAUUAAAAUAUGCUAAUUUACCUUCUAAAAAAUACUUUUACAAUAAAUUAAAUGAUUGUGAUAUUAGUGCUAAGGAUUAUUCUCAUGCUCUUAAAAUAUGGAAUACUUUUAAUAUUAAAGAUUUAGGAGAGUAUUCAGAUUUAUAUUUAAAAACUGAUAUUCUAUUAUUAGCCGAUGUUUUUGAACAAUUUCGUGAAAGCUGUCUUAAAACAUAUCAACUCGAUCCUGCUCAUUAUUAUACACUACCUGGAUAUACUUGGGAUUGUAUGCUGAAAAUCACAGAAUGUAAGCCUGAUACCAUACAAUGUGUUGAUAUGCUGUUAUUCAUUGAGCAAGGUAUUCGCGGUGGGGUAAGUCAAUGUUGCAAUCGGUAUGCGGAGGCUAAUAACAAAUAUAUGGGUGAUGCAUUUGAUGGUUCCAAACCAUCAAAUUAUUUACUCUAUCUCGACGUCAACAAUUUAUAUGGGUGGGCCAUGUCCCAAUAUUUACCAUAUGGAGGGUUUAAGUGGGCUGACCCAAAUCUCGAUGUCACCCAAAUCCCUGAUGAUGCUCCUGAAGGGUAUUUUUUAGAGGUAGAUCUGGAAUAUCCACAACAUUUACAUGAUUUACACAAAGACUUACCCCUCUGCCCCGAACACCAAAAACCGCCAAAUUCAAAAUUAUCAAAACUUAUGACUACACUACAUAAUAAAACAAAAUAUGUUAUUCACUAUAGAAAUUUAAAACAAGUUCUUAAGCAAGGGCUUGUUUUAACAAAAAUUCAUCGGGUUUUAAAAUUCGGGCAAUCACCCUGGCUUAAAUCUUAUAUAGAUUUAAAUACAAAUUUGCGUCAAAAUGCUAAAAACGAGUUUGAAAAAAACCUGUUUAAACUGAUGAAUAAUGCAGUGUUUGGAAAAACAAUGGAGAAUAUAAGAAAACAUCGCAUUGUUAAAUUAGUUAAUAAAUGGGAAGACACUGAUAGUCUUAUAUAUGAAUUUACCUGUAAUGAUGUAUACGAUGAAGUUAUCCAUAAGGAUAUUCACAGGUUCGAUACUAGCGAUUAUCCCCAGGAUAAUAAAUGGAAUAUUCCUUUAGUUAACAAAAAAAUUCCUGGUUUAAUGAAGGAUGAACUGAAUGGGGAAAUUAUAACUCAUUUUGUGGGGUUGCGCUCGAAAAUGUAUACAUAUAAAACAAUAAAUUCAAAAUGUAUUAAAAAAUCUAAGGGGGUCAAGUAUAAUGUUGUUAAAUCCCUAACAUUUAAUGAUUAUCUCGAAUGUUUGAGGAAAAAAACUAAUAAAAAUGUAAUUCAAAGAAUAAUCAAAUCAAAUGCACAUAAUGUUUAUAGUAUUGAACAAAGUAAAAUUGGUCUAAGCGCUUAUGAUGAUAAAAGGCAUUUGUUGUUAAAUUCAGAUGAUACUCUACCACAUGGGCACUUUAGUAUUGCUUUAUUAGAUAGUAUGUAG